AUGUCAAUAACGUCAACAACCAUGAUAUGGCGUGCGAAAAUUGCGGCUGCAUGGGAAAUCCGGUACUGCCAAGAAGAGGGAUCUAUCCCGUGGGAAAAGAUUGCUACGACUCAAUCGUCAAUGGAAUCUCGGGAAUCGGACGAUGAGUUUAAGAGAUGCUGGGAUUGGGACGCUUCGUCCGGUGAAGAAGCGUUAAGAAAAGCGAAGGCUCAAUACUGGUGUAAGUUAAAUGGCUUUUCGUUCGGAUCUCAGACAAUUACAAACAACGAGUCUGCUGACAUGUACAAUGAUACAAAUAUCGAUUGGAGUCCGAAAAUAGAUCCUGAGGUUUCGUUGGCUUUAAACAGAUGGGAUGACGAUGAUGCCAUUGUCAAUGAUGAUGACGAUUAUUUGCCCAUCCAGGAUGAAACGUUUACUAUAGGAUGGGGCACUGACUAUACUAAAUAUGAAGACGAAUAG